CAAAUCAAAAACUCUCAGUCGGGCAUAAAUCUCUGAUCAGUAGUUAGUGCUCAAUUCUCUUUCACCCAGAAACAGACGCUAGAAAUGGGUAAAGACGAUCCCGAAACGACUGCCCUCAAGAAGGAGCUUGAGGACUUGAUUAAAAAAUGCCAGGAAGACCAAAAGAAGCAACAGGACGCGACAUUAGAAGAGGCGUGUAGUUCAGUAUCAGAUGCUCCAAAAGUCAAGCUUUCCACGAAAAAGCUGCUAAAGGGGCACAUAAAUAAAGUUAACUCGGUGCAUUACAGUGGAGACAGCAGGCACUGUGUGACUGGUUCUCUUGAUGGCAAGCUCAUCAUCUGGGACUCUUGGACCGGAAACAAAGUCCAAGUAAUUCCCCUGCGAUCAGCUUGGGUGAUGUCCGUUGCUUUUGCACCUUCUGGAAAUUUUGUGGCUUGUGGAGGAAUGGACAACAUGUGCACUGUCUAUGACGUCAACAAUCGAGAUUCAACUGGAUCCGCAAAAAUUGUACGAGAACUCCUCGGAUACGAGGGAUUUCUGUCCUCUUGUCGAUUCCUCGAUGAUAAGACACUCAUUACAGGAUCCGGAGACAUGAAAAUUUGCAUGUGGGACCUGGAAUCUGGAAAGAAAAACGUGGACUUUCCAGCGCACGCUGGUGACGUCGUCAGCAUCAGUCUCAAUCCAGAUGGUCAGACCUACGUCACUGGAUCCGUUGAUAAAACGUGCAAGCUCUGGGACUUCCGAGAAGAGAAAGCCAAGCAGACGUUUUUCGGUCACGAGGCCGACGUCAAUUCCGUAUGCUGUCAUCCAUCGGGUCAAGGUUUUGUCACUGCAUCCGAAGACAAAACAGCCAGAAUAUGGGACCUUAGAUCCGACCAACAGCUCGCCACCUUCAAACCCCCAAAUUCAAAUCCUGGAUUUACCUCCUGUGGAUUAUCUCUGAGUGGUAGAUUCAUAUUCUGUGGGAGUGACGAUAAUUCUAUCCACAUAUGGGACACACUCAAAGUUCAACAUAAUGGUACAAUGAAUGGACAUGAGAACAGGGUGACUUCCCUGAGUGUUGCACCAAGUGGAAUGGCAGUGGCCAGCUGCUCCUGGGACCAAUUCGUUCGAAUCUGGGUGUAAUCCAUCGAUGAAAAAUCGAAAAAUGUGUCAAGUAACCAUGAAACAACUCCAAAAUUAUGAUAAAAUUGAAUAAACUUGAUCCUCUUUCUUUGGGAACUCGAA